GUAACUUUAGGCAAAAUAUAUCAUAUUUAUGAUAACAUCCUUUACAUUUACCAUUACAUUUUAUCUGUAUUUUGGAAUCAGUAAGUUUUAUUCAAAUAGAAAUAUUGCCUCUGGGGAGCCUGGCAUUACUUCUCUUGCAUUACUGACCCUCGAUAAAUUGACAUCUUCCGUGGAAGCGUACAUUACUGUGGAUGAAAUGAAAGGUAAGAAUGCAAUGUAUGCAGUAAUUCGAACAUUCAAUCAGAUAUCAAAUUUAUUUUGUUUAGUGAGAGAAAAUUUGGUAUUUCGCGAUGGGAAAUUGGUUGGAUUUGUGAAUUAUGGAGAAAGAGGAACAUCAGUCAAACUUGCAAGUCAUAUCUGUAUGUUUUACCUAAGGUCUUUCAAAAAGGAGAUCUCAUUGCCUCUAGGUUGGUGGCCAACAGCUACCACCCCUGCUCAUAUACUGGCGUCUAUGUUCUGGGAAGCUCUUGGUGUAUGUGAGUACCGCAACGUACACAUCCAUGCUGUAGUGGCAGACGGUGCUUCAACUAACCGAAGAUUCUUCAAAAUCAUCCAUGGUAGCAUAUUAAAGCCUGAUUAUACCAACUUCACAGCUCCAAAUCCAUACAGACCGGAUCAGCCAAUAUUUCUUUGUUCCGAUACUAGUCAUCUGUUGAAGACUGCCCGAAAUUCAUUAUAUUCGUCGAAACCCGGGUCUUCAAAGUACAUGUGCAAACAGGGUCAUGAUAUACUUUGGACCCACAUCAAAGAAUUAUACACAUUAGACCAGGCUCAGCCACUGCAUAAAACCAGACUCUGUAGGGUGCAUAUGGAUCUCAACUCCUAUUCAAAGAUGAGGGUCUCUAUUGCAAGGGAUGUGUUAAGCUGGAAUGUUGGGCAGUCACUAAAGGAGGAUGUCAACGGUUCCCUUGGUACAGCUGAAUAUGUUCUUCUCUUUGACAGGUGGUUUGAGAUCGUGACCUGUGGCGCAAAAUGCCCAAUUAGAUCGCCACAUGAUGAGCGUCUAAAAUGGCUUGAAGAGGACUUCAUUCCGUACUUUUUGGAAUGGCAAAACGAGGUGGAGGUGCUGUACAAGGGAGAGGAGAAAAGAAUUCUAGCUAGGCCAACUCUGGAAGGAUUGCUUUUCACAACCAGAAAUAUGGUUAAACUUGCUAAACGUCUUCUACAAAAUGGUCUAGAAUAUGUAUGCUUGAGAAUUCUGACGCAAGAUGUGCUUGAGGCAGUAUUUGGUGAUCUCCGCUCAAGAAUGGCUCACUGCAGGAAUCCUGAUAUAUCACAGGUUGGUUAUGGUAUUUCUGCUGUUACACAGCGUAAAAUUAUCAAGAGAGUCAAGGGAGGGAAUACCACGUUUGGUGCACAAAAUCCUUGGCAAUCUGUCUGCAGCGACCCACUUCCGAAGCGGCAGAAGGUCCCAAAAUAAAUAGGCCUUCAAAUCAGUCUCUUGCCCCAAUUCAGCGAUCACUGCCUAUCUGAUUUGGGGAUUCUCCUGUAAAGAGAAUCCAACACCUAGACUGGAGACCUUGACGUGGUGUGUUGGCUUUAAACCAACUCCAGUCGGCAUGUUUAGCUUUGAUUUCCUAUUUAAUCAAAUGAGAAAUAAAAUGAACAUACGAUUUUUUUGGACUGAAUUUAUCUCGGGGGAGGGAGACGCCGAUAACCGAUUAUGCAGCGAACCACGGCCUCUCGUCCGGUUAGCAGUCUAUAUGGGGUAUGGGAUUAGGUAACCCGCGCAGGGUAGUUAGUCAAGAGGUGCGAUGGCGAGCGUUUUUUUUAACUCUUGACACGAUGCGCUACCGCGAGCUUCUACAUGUUUGUUAUCGCUAAUCUAACCAUCUUACGACGAUCGCGUUCGAACCCAGUCAGGAUAAUUGAGUUCUAAAUUACCCGUAGGCUACUCGCCACUGUAGGGUGGUUCAAUUAACUGCUGGUCAAGCAUGGCUUUCUUAAACCCGAAGUAGGCAUACAUGUUCUCCAAAUUUAUCGGCUUUCCUCUCCGCCAGGGCUGUCUUAUGUAAUCAAAUUUGGAAUAUUUCUUACAGUCUAGUUCUGCAUCAAGGUUCACAAGUAUUGCGAUUCGCGAUAAACACCUAAUAAAAUUUGUUCCUCGCAAUGCUGCUCAUUCAUGUCGCGAAUGAGUUUUUAGUGAGCGCUCUUAUACGGAAAAUAUAAAUAAAUUCAUCUAUUACCGAUCGACCGCUUUUUAAAAUGUGGGCAUUUUUCGUGAUCUCACAUUAGUUUGUUUAUCGAGCUAAGAUUGUCAAGAUUACUUUAAUUUUCAAAUAUCGGCCGUACCGUACCCGAAAACAUUGCAUUUUCGAUAAAUAUGAUUGCUUCGUCGGCCAUCAAUUCGUAUGCGCUCGACGCCGAAAAGGGGCGUGGAACAGAAGUUCACUGGAGCGUUCACUGUCUGCAGCAUAACA